AUGGAUCCAGUGCACAGAGGCAGGGCRCAGGUAGCGGGAUUAGCCGUGGCUGUGGUUGGGUAGAUUUUAACUGGUGUUUGCAACUCUUUGCCAGACUGGAAAAAUCUCAAUUUAGAUUUAAAUGAACUGGAGACCUGGACCAUGGAACUCUGGCAACCCUGUAUAGUGCAAGAUGGAGGAGGCACACAGUGUAAAGAUUUUGCUUCUUUCUUAGAUUUGCCAGUAGAAUUCAAGAUUUCCAGGAUUUUAGUGUCUAUAUCAAAUGGACUAGGACUUGUGAGCCCUGUGAUCUCUAGUUUUGGUUUGGACUGCCUAAAGAUGGAAGAUACAGAGCAGAAAUUAUAGAAACAGCUGUUACUACUUGGAGGAGGACUCCUAUGGAUGGCUGGAGUUCUGGCCUUGGUCCCAGUUUCCUGGGUUGCCCAUGUCAUCAUCCAGGAAUUUGGGGAUGAAGAUAUCCCAGAGAUCGUGCCCAGAUGGGAAAUUGGGGUUGCGAUGUUCAGUGGUUGGUUUGGCRGAUUUUUGCUCAUUCUAGGAGCAUUCCUCCUCCUCCUCCUCUCCAGUGCCUGCUCAUGCACUGCCUACCCCUUACUUGCGGUGAUGGAUGCACAGGAUCCCUGGCAACACCUUGAACUGGAAAAUAGAAGACUUUAA